AUGUCCUCCGCGAUCAUCGGCCCGAAGGGAAACAACGCCCGCGCGAUCCGGGAGGAAUCCGCCUGCAAGGUGGUGAUUGAUUCGAACGUCACCUCAGGGCAUCAGCAGGUGAAGCUGAUUGGAGAGCCCCGAGGUUUGCAUUUGGCCUUGCAGAUGGUGAACCGCCACAUUCAAGAUCAGUUCGGCACCCCCGGCUACACCGACUGGUCCACCAUCAAGAGCUUUGACCGCUCAGGAAAUCCCAUCCACUGCUCUCCAGGCGAGUUGAACUUCGGCCGGGCCGAUGUGCGCCAUGACGCCCGCGGCUACGACGCCCACGAGGAACGGGAGCGGGAGCGGACGCCGAGGGGACCGGCAGCACCAGCACCAGGUCCCCGCGGGCGUGUGGCCAUCCCUCCCCCUUCUUCGCUGACGACGGUCACGGCGCCUGAUCGGGGCGAAGUCGACUCCUCCCUUUUGACCGCGCUCGUGGACACUGCUCGCACCUUUCCCGCAGGUGCCUUAGAGGCGGAGUAUACCAUCACCUGCGAGUUGCCCAGUGACAAGGUGGGCCUGUUGAUCGGGAAGCGAGGUGAAGACGUGCAACGGAUCCGCAAAGCGACGGGCACCUACGUGCACUUCGACCCGGUACAAGAUGGAGCUGAUGGGCAGACGUUAACCAUUCGAGGGCCCAUGUUGAAGGUCUAUCGCGCUCACGCGCUGCUGAUGCGAAGAUAUCAUGAGACCACGGCGGAUGUGGUCCAGGACACGAGCCCCGCUGUGGUCCCAGACCGGAAGGAGGAGCAACGUGUGCAGGACUUGGAAGCACAGCUCCAGCAGCUUCAACGUCAGAUGGAGGAGGUGAAGCAGAUGCGAUCCUCGACUGGGCCUCCCACCAUGGCACCUAGGGCCAAAGGCCCUGGGAAGGGCCGCAAGGGCCGCUAG